UAUCUUAUUACACACACAGUCACAACAUAUUCUUCUUCUUGUUGUUGAUUAGAUAAGGCUCCCUUCCCUCUCUGAGACCUCCUCAUCUCCAUUACAAGAAUGCUUUCUUCCAACAUAACCACGCCCAGAUUCCUCUCCACUUCCUCCCCUCUCCUCCCCCCCUCCCUCCCCCACUUCCCCCUUCACAAACUCCAAUGCAUUCCCCGGCCAGUCAUCGACGCCACCAUCCCCUCCACCCCACCCGCCAGAACCCAAGUCUACCAGCCUUUCCGCCCCCCACCCUCCCCCAUUCCCCCCCAGUUCCGCUCCCUAGACGCCAACGGCCGGCUUGAGAUCCUCGCCAAUCGGCUCGGCCUGUGGUUUGAGUACGCCCCAUUAAUUCCUUCACUUACCCAAGAAGGAAUUGCGGCUCCGGCUAUUGAGGAGGUCACUGGGCUUACUGGGGUGGAGCAGAAUCAGCUGAUUGUGGGGUGUCAAGUGAGGGACUCGUUGGUUCAGUCCAAAUUGGAGGAUGAGGUUUUGGGGUUUUUUGAUCUGGGAGGGGCUCAGCUGCUGUAUGAGAUUAGGCUGUUGAGUGUGGCGCAGAGGGCAGAGGCGGCAAGGCUGAUUGCGAGGGAGAAGUUUGAUGUCAAGGGGGCGCAGGAGCUGGCGAGGGCGAUUAAGGAUUAUCCGAGGAGGAAGAAGGAGAAGGGGUGGGAGUGUUUUGAGUAUAGUAGUCCUAGGGAUAUGCUUGCGUUUAUGUAUUAUAGGUUGGCGCUAGAGCAUCAGGGUGUUGAGGCGAGGGAGGCGGGGUUGGAGAAGGCGUUGGAGAUGGCGGAGACUGAGAAGGCGAGGGAGAGGGUUUUGAGGGAUUUGAGGGGAAUGAGUGGGGAUGGGGGUGGGGAGGAGAGUGCGGUUAAGGCGGUUAAGGUGCCUGUGGUGAGGAUGAAGGUUGGGGAGGUUUCUGAGGCGACUAGUGUGGCGGUUUUGCCUGUUUGUAGGGCGGAGGAGAGGGAGAAGGAGGUGGUGGAUGCGCCUUGGGAAUGUGGGACAGCGGGGGAGUUUGGGGUGGUUGUCGCGGAGAAGGCUUGGAGUAGGUGGGUGGUGCUGCCUGGAUGGGAGCCUGUGGUGGGAUUGAAGAAAGGGGGAGUUGUGGUGGGGUUUUCGGAUGCAAGGGCUUUGCCUUGGAAGGUGAACAAGUGGUACAAGGAGGAAUCAAUCUUGGUUGUGGCCGAUAGGAAGGUGAAGGAAGUGACGAUGGAUGAUGGGUUUUAUCUGGUUUGUCGCGAUGACGGAUUGAAGGUGGAGAGAGGGUCUGCAUUGAAGGAGUCAGGUGUGGUAGAGAGUUUAGGAGCUGUAGUUUUGGUAGUCAGACCACCAAGAGAAGACACUGAAAAUCAGUUGGAAGAAGAUUGGGAAUGAGAAAGAUGGUAAAAAUGUAAUCUUUGAUCUAGUAUCAAGUUUUGGUAGCACGGGAGAAUCAAGAUUUUACAGUUUAAAGAUCAAGAACUAUGUUCUUUUGUUGCUGAGGUUAGCCACAAGAUUUGGCUCUCAAGCAGAGAGCUGCUCAGGAGGAGCUGUAUCUGUGUUGUAAUAUUGUCUUCUGAGUUUGUACCUAGAUAAAUGAUACAGUGAAAGUAUUCUUUGUAAUAUCAAUAACAAACAUCAUCUUUUUCUGAGGCA